AUGAAGGUCUCUGUGGUUAUCCUCUUUCUCCUCGUCCUCAUCACCACUUCUGCUUCUUACAGUAAGCCAAAAAUUCCUGAGGCUGUGAACCUUUCACCCACCUGCUGCCUGAAGUAUAAUGAGAAAGUAUUGCCAAGGAAACUAGUGAUGGGAUACAGAAAUGCCCUCAGCUGUCACCUGCCAGCCAUCAUCUUCGUUACCAAAAAGAACCGAGAGGUCUGCACCAACCCGAGCAACAACUGGGUCCAAGAGUACAUCAAGGAUCCCAACUUACCCUUGCUGCCUUCCAGGAACUUGGCCCAGGUUAAAACUAUUCCAUCCGGGAAAGGCCAACCCCAGCUCCUCAACUCCCCAUAA